GUUGACAGCAGUCAGCUCAAACAUCUCUCUGGGAAAGAGUGAAGAAAGGCAUAACUGAAAACUAAAAUUAAAAAAAAAAAAAAAAACAAACUACAGCAAUACACUUAGCUAUCUUAUUGGUACACAGCAACCUUCUAUACCCUAGGGAGCCACGAAGCAAUAAUGAGCUAUUACGGCAGCAGCUACCGGGCUGUCAAUGUGGACCCCAAGUACCCCGGCUACCCGCCGGAGCACGUCCUGGCCGAGAAGAGACGAGCGCGGAGGAGGCUCCUGCACAAGGACGGCAGCUGCAACGUGUACUUCAAGCACAUUUUUGGAGAAUGGGGGAGCUACGUGGCGGACAUCUUCACCACCCUGGUGGACACCAAGUGGCGCCACAUGUUCGUGAUCUUCUCUCUGUCCUACAUUCUCUCCUGGCUGGUAUUCGGCUCGGUCUUUUGGCUCAUCGCCUUUCAUCACGGAGACCUCCUGCCGGAGCCGGGCGCGGCCCCCUGCGUGGACCACGUGCGCUCCUUCACCGCCGCCUUUCUGUUCUCGCUGGAGACCCAGACCACCAUCGGCUACGGCCACCGCUGCGUGACCGAGGAGUGCCCGGCCGCCGUGCUGGCCGUCAUUCUGCAGUCCAUCCUGGGCUGCGUCAUCAACACCUUCAUCAUCGGAGCGGCCCUGGCCAAGAUGGCCACGGCCAGGAAGAGAGCGCAGACCAUCCGCUUCAGCUACUUCGCCCUGGUGGGCAUGAGGGACGGCAAGCUUUGCCUCAUGUGGCGCAUUGGCGACUUCAGACCCAACCACGUGGUCGAGGGCACGGUGAGGGCCCAGCUGCUGCGUUACACAGAGGACAGCGAAGGGAGGAUGACGAUGGCUUUUAAAGACCUCAAACUAGUCAAUGACCAGAUCAUCCUGGUGACCCCCGUGACUAUUGUCCAUGAGAUCGACCACGAGAGUCCUCUGUAUGCCCUGGAUAGGAAGUCAGUGGCCAAGGAUAAUUUCGAGAUCCUGGUGACGUUUAUCUACACCGGCGAUUCCACGGGGACAUCCCACCAAUCGAGAAGUUCCUAUGUCCCCCGGGAGAUCCUGUGGGGACACAGGUUCCACGACGUCCUGGAGGUGAAGAGGAAGUACUACAAAGUGAACUGCUUGCAGUUUGAGGGCAGCGGGGAAGUCUAUGCCCCGUUUUGCAGCGCCAAGCAGUUGGACUGGAAAGACCAGCAACUCAACAACGUGGAGAAAGCUCCUCCAGCCCGAGGGCCCCGCACCACGGACACCAAUGUCAGGCGAAGGUCAUUUAGCGCAGUCGCCAUUGUAAGCAGCUGUGAGAACCCAGAGGAGACCACCCCGUCUGCCCCAGAUGAGUGUAAGGACCCACCUUAUCAAAAAGCGUUCCUGACUUUAAACAGAAUCUCAAUAGAAUCCCAGAUGUAGGGCAGCCUUGUAAGGAGGGAGGGCCAGGUGUUCACUUUAUUUUCUUACUAAGAAAUUAUGAGCAUGGCUUUUUUAUUUAAAAAAAUGUUAUAGCUACGUUUUAUGGCACAGAUUUUAAAUAGAUCAAGUUAAGCUUGUAAAAAGAUAACCUAAGAAUUCCAGUUUCACUAAGUUUUGGUUUUGCUUGCAAAUUUUGUAUUGGGAAAGCUAUUAAGUAGCCUAGUUGAUUUAAAUUCAAUCUCCUUUUAUUAUUACAUAAAUUUGUGUCUUCCCUCGGUAAUUUGGAUAAAGACAGGAUGCUAGAAUAAAUAACAUAGGCAUACAAAUAACCUAAAAUAAUAGAUAUUUACACCUAUAUCAUUGAUAAUAGCAUGAAAACUAGCUAAUAAAAACCCUCAUUAUUAUCUUACUAUGAGGUACAAGAUACAUAUGUUUCAGUACCAAAAUGCUGAGAUAUGUAACUAAAAUCAAAUAUAGUUUGAUUCACCAUAUUUGCUUAUUGCUAUCAGCAGCCAGAAGUAGUGAAAUUGAGAAACUGAUAACACCAUGGAAUCACAGAACACUUCCAUUGACAUCUACCCAGGGGGAGAUUAUUGAGUGCUUAGAAGUUCCCCUCCCGCAAUUAACCAGGCAGCCGAAUAAAAGUUGAUACUAUUAUUGAGAUUAGUAUUUCUAUCUUAAAUUUAAUCAAAUAAGCACAGAAACAAUGCAGCCAUGGUCUUAAUAGUCCUCUGCUGAGUGAAUUUCCUAGGCCCAUGCCCGACUUUUUUCAAGGCUUUGUCAAAGUGCAGGGUCACAAUUAUGGGAUUCAGAAAUGGAAGGCAGCAGACCUUUCGUGGGGAACAAAUUCUGUUGGCCUUUUGCCCUGAGAGACUGUAGUGUGGUUGCUGUUUAAGGGCCAGAACUUCUCCUGAAGGGGAGUAAGGAAGCACACAUCUGCCUUGCUCAGUAGUGCUUAUACACACUUCCUGACUUGGUCACCUUAUAAGUGAUAUGAGUUCUGAUUUUUAAGAGGAAUAGUUUCAUGAAUAACACACUUAAGAUGACUUGAUUAUGCAUCAAGUGAGUAAUUUGACUGCUAUGAAAAUGCUUAGAUUUUAAGACAGGGGAUAAAUUUACAUGCUCUUUUUUAAUAUUAAAAGAUGUUAAAUUUUGAUUAUUUUUAGCAGAAGCUCAAACACCUGUGGGUCAAAAAUUGCUAUAAGAUUUAUAAACUAAAUAGUUAUCAGAUAUAUCUGGCAUUACUUCUGUAUUUUUUCUCACUGGCCAUAAGUUGUUUCUGACCUGGCAAUGAUUACAUGCCACAUCAUUUUUCUUGUUUACUUAACUUAAAUGCACACAUACACAAAUACACAGGUUUUUUUUUUCCAGAGAAUUUUAAUCUCUCUCUCUCUCUCUCUUUCUCUCUCUUUUCCCACACAAUCACUUCAAUUAAACCUCAUAAGUAAACUGAACUGAUUCACAUAAUUAAGAUUAUAAGAAAAACAGAGAUAUGAAGGACUCUCCUCUUUAUUUUUGUUUUCAUUUUUUUUCUUCCUCCAUCCUUCUCCUUUCUCUCUUAUUUCCUUCUUUCUUUUUCCUUUAUUUGAUGGCAGAGGGAAUCAAUACAGUUGGGUUUUAAACGCCCACGUAUAAAUCUUUCAUUCCUGGAUUAUAUUAAUAAGAGAUUUGUUCAGGUCACAAGUUACAAAACUAUAAGGAUGACCAGUGUCAACAACCUUGCACAUUUUUCCCCAAACCGCUGCAGGAAUGGAGAUUUCCAUUUUUGAACAGCAUGCACAGCACACACACACACACACACAGAGAGAGAGAGAGAGAGAGAGAGAGAGAGAGAGAGAGAGAGAGUAGAUUUCAGUUUUACAGGAGCAUUUACUUGACUAAACUACAACCCCACAAUCUCCAGGCUUGCCCACCAUCACUAUGGCAACCAUCAACAAUACCCCUCCCCAUUUUAGUUUGCAUCACUCGUAUGGUGCUCCCGCACUCUGUCUGCCCAUGACACUCCCUGCCUUCUUUCUACUCGUGAUGCUUCUGGCACUUUGUCUCCAUGUGUCAUUUGCUUUGAUAAAUCAGGACAGAAAUCUCGAUGAUGUGCAAGCAAAUACAUCCGGUUGCACUGUCUGCCUCUACAGUCCAAUCUGGAAGCACAAGGUGGAAUAGCAAAUCAGAACUCACAGGCUGCAUUUCCCUUUAGUUUUCUGCAUAGCUUUUUUAGCGCACUUUGAAACUCUCAAUAAGUUACAAUGAAAAUUUUAAUAAAAUGAAACAAUAAAGAUCUUAAGACGA